ACAGGUUGUUCAGUUCUGCUGAAGAUGUAUUCUCCCACUGCAAAACAGAGCAUCAGUUUAACGUUUGUGAUGUGAUCAAGAAACAUGCAAAUGUAUUUGUCCUGAGGGUGAGAAUUUCCUGGUUUCGUCCUGAAGAGAAGAAAAAUGUAGAUAGGAAGGCUGCCCUAGAUAAUGAUGUACACCCCAAGGGGAAGCUGGCUGAUCAAACAAAAACCACCAGCAGCAUAUUUGAGUUCACUCAGCAGCCCACUGCCUUGGGAAGGAGAGGAAUAUUUGAAACCAGAGCUAGAAAAUGAUCUCCUGCUUCAGUUUGAUAUAGAAGAUCUUUGUGAACCUCCAAACGUUUUGCCUUCUAAUGGUUUGAAUGAUACCAUGAUGCUCCUUGAACAAUUAAAACAUGCAGAACACAGAGCAAGACUCGCAGAAGCAGCCUUGGCUAGAGCACAAGAUGAUCUUCAAAAAAUGAAGCAAUUUGCACAGGAUUUUGUGAUGAAUGCAGAUGUCAGGAGCAGCUCGUCAUCCAGCGCCAUUGCAGACCUUCAGGAGGAUGAGGAUGGUGUUUACUUCAGCUCCUAUGGGCAUUAUGGGAUACAUGAAGAGAUGCUAAAGGAUAAAGUGCGUACAGAAAGCUAUCGUGACUUCAUCUAUCAAAAUCCACAUAUCUUCAAGGACAAGGUGGUUUUGGAUGUUGGCUGUGGAACUGGAAUACUCUCUAUGUUUGCUGCCAAAGCAGGUGCAAAGAAAGUGAUUGGAGUCGAUCAGUCUGAAAUAGUCUAUCAGGCCAUGGACAUCAUUAGAUUAAAUAAACUUGAAAAUAUCAUUACAUUAGUCAAAGGAAGAAUCGAAGAAGUAGCUCUGCCUUUGGAAAAAGUGGAUGUAAUUAUAUCUGAGUGGAUGGGUUAUUUCCUUCUCUUUGAGUCAAUGCUGGAUUCUGUUAUCUAUGCAAAGGACAAGUACCUGGCAGAGGGAGGAUCAGUUUAUCCUGACAUUUGCACCAUCAGUCUAGUAGCUGUUGGGGAUAUGAAUAAACAUGCAGACAAGUUACUUUUCUGGGAAGAUGUGUAUGGCUUUGACAUGUCUUGCAUGAAGAAAGCUGUAAUUCCAGAAGCUGUUGUGGAGGUGCUGGAUCCAAACACACUGAUAUCUACAGCCACUGUCAUUAAGUGUAUCGACUGUAAUACUGCCUCCACUACAGACUUAGAAUUCUCUUCAGAUUUCACCCUGACCAUUACGACAAGCACAAAGUGUACGGCAGUUGCUGGUUAUUUCGAUAUAUUUUUUGAGAAGAACUGUCACAACAAGGUCUUGUUUUCAACUGGUCCCCAGUGUACCAAAACACACUGGAAACAGACAGUUUUUCUCCUGGAGAAACCAAUUGCGGUAGAAGCAGGAGAGGCCAUGAGAGGAAAGAUAACAGUCCGCAAGAACAGAAAGGAUCCACGGUCCCUCUUUAUAACCCUUUCAGUCAAGGACGCACAGCAGACCUACAGCCUUCAGUGAAAAUUCUGUGCAUAUAACUUUGGGAAAUGUUGAGUUCAAAUGUUAGACUUAAGUUUUGAUAACUGUUUCUAAGUAUCAAAAAAUGGAUUUGUGUACGUAUACGUGUACACAACAAUAUGGAAACCUUACCUAGGAUUGUGAGAGUACUGUCUGGAUGCUUUUGAACUGGGAUUUGGAGACUGCCAACAAAAUCAGAUUCUGCUGUUUUUCACAUAAUGUG